AUUGGUUGAGUAAAAAGGCCGACUCAAAACGGUCGACGCGAUGCACGAUGGGACUAAAGUACUACUCGCCAUUUUUGCCUGAUAUAGGCUAGCAAACUGCAAACCACUUUUUGGAAUAUAAUUCCGUUAAAUCAGAAUUCUUAAUGUAGGCGUGCCUGUUAAUUUUCAUUAAUAAUACUUUAAAAAGGGCGUGUUGUACUCGACCUUAAAAAACUGAUCACACAUAAGCCGUACGUUUUACUAGCGGUCGAAAAGAACAGUGUUCAACAUGGGCCGCUCUCGAAGCCGAAGCUCUUCCCGGUCUAAACAUUCCAAAAGCAGCAAGCACAGCAAGAAAAGGAGUCGGUCACGAUCCAGGGAUAGGGAGAGGUCAAAGAAGCGUUCUAAGUCAAGAGAUGCGAAGAGAAUAAGGCGCAGAGAUUCUCGUUCCCGGUCCCGAUCUGCUGUAACCUCAUCUCGCAGGGAGAGAGCGGCGUCUCCACCGGAUCGUAUAGACAUUUUCGGAAGAACAUUGAGCAAGAGGAAUGCGUUAGACGAGAAGCAAAGGAAGGAGGAGGAGGAAAGGAAAGCUGAAAUGGAACGGCAAAGAAAAAUUCGCCAGCAGGAGAUUGAGGAAAAGCUUAUUGAAGAGGAGACAGCGCGGCGAGUGGAGGAGUUGGUGGCAAAGCGUGUAGAAGAAGAGCUGGAGAAACGUAAGGACGAGAUUGAGCGGGAGGUGUUACGUCGCGUUGAGGAAGCAAAGCGCAUCAUGGAGCGACAGCUGCUGGAGGAACUGGAAAGACAGCGACAUGCUGAGUUGGCAGCACAAAAAGCCAGAGAGGAGGAAGAAAAAUCUAAGCGGGAGGAGCUUGAAAAAAUCUUGGAGGAGAAUAACCGUAAAAUUGCAGAGGCCCAGGCAAAGCUGGCUGAAGAUCAGUUGCGUAUUGUGGAGGAACAGAGAAAAAUUCAUGAGGAGCGCAUGAAACUGGAGCAGGACCGACAGAAGCAGCAGAAGGAAGAACAGAAAAUCAUCCUUGGCAAGGGCAAGUCCAGACCGAAGCUCUCCUUUUCCCUCAAGGCCACAGAAUGAAGGAGUGGUCACCUUCAUCCUCAUCCAGCUCUGCCCCUCAGCAACACCCAGUCAUCCUAUGCUGACUGCUCACUUCAUUUUGGAAGUGUUGAACGAAGAAAAAAAGUGGUGCAACCUAGUGUUUAAACUUGCAACCGAUUGGAAGGUCCAAAUCUUCCUUCCGAGCAUGAAAGAGCAGACAAACCUUGAUGGGCCUUCCAACCCCCUCCCUCACUCCAUUCUUUUCUUUCCUGUCACACAAAAAAACUCAAGUUUUGUGAUUUUGUCAUUUUAUUUUUAUUUUUUAAUUUUUAUUUUUUUUUUUAGAGAAAGUGAACUUUUGAUGUAGAAUGCUUUAACCUCACUCUUACCCUAUAAAUAAGUCUUAACUCCGUGUCAUAAGUAAAAGCACACUAGCGCUCCUCUCCCAUAUGCCUGGGCAACAAGGGUGCAUUGUAACUCCCUGAUAAAGAGGAAUGAUUGUGACGUCUAGUACAGAUUACUGUAAAGAGUCAUAUGCAGCUUGGGAGUUGACCUUUGAUUUUUGGAUGUUUUAUUUUAAUAACUAGUUUGGAAAUACAAUCACUGCAAAGCCUUGAAAACCAUAACUUUGUUUUCCACAGUCCCUAUUUCUUUUUCUUAUGGUCUUGUUACUUUGAUGUUGUACAUGACUGGAUCCUGGUUUGAGAGGAAAUCUGAAGCUCAUUGAGAUUCAUUCAGUACAUCUUAAACAAAACCUUCCUCCCAAGCUGUCCAUGAAUGCGACUUUUUUUUUCUUCUGACAUGAGUUUUGUCAGUGGAGAAUGAGCUCAUGAUGUUAUUUUGUGAGUCCUUGUGAUGCGCUGCCUCCCCCACAAUAUUUAACUUUUUUUUUUUUUUUAAUGAGCCAUUAACGUGGAAAUGUCAAACUGUAUGUCAUUUAUGUUCUUUAGCCCUGUAAUGGUCAAUUAACUUGGCAAGUUGCGCCCCUUGGUAAGUUGUGAAGGGUAAAGGAUGGCCAAAUUCAGGUAAGAUAAUGACUGAGGUCAGUCAAGUGUGUAUUUGUGUGUAUGUGCGUGCGUGUGUGUUUGUGUAUGUGUGUGUGUGAUACGAGCUGACCUCAGGUGGGUAUACAGAUUUAUGUGGGUUUCAUGUUUUUUUUCCAGUUGUCACAAAAAUUGACCAAUAAACCAGUUAAAACGUCA